CUGGCGACUUGGCUGUGGCCCGAAUCUUUGGUCCAAUAUGUGUGCAGGAUACCUAUGUAUGAAUCCACUUGCAGUCUCGUUCCACACACAGUGACCGCACAGCAGCUAAUUACAUUCACGCGAGCCUGGUUCUCGUAACCCUCACAGUGACAGCGUCUCCAUUUCCAUGGCAGGGACGAUGAAACUUGCAUUUUCAUGCGAACCCAUCCCAAUCUCCUCAAACUGGCUGAAAGCGCUGCCUUACGCGACGCCACGUACACGUUCCUUACUCUCUUUCUCUUUCUCUGGUCUCCAGGCCGUUCCUCUCGCUCUCGGAACACGUGACAUGCAGGUGCGCGCCGUGAGCCGUGCAGGGGUUGACUGCGACAAAAACCCCGAGUACAUGUCGCCAGGCACCCUCGUGCGCUAGCAACAGGAGCGAUGUGGUCAAGCCAGCCGCAAACAGAGUGCGGCCAGCCAGCAAUCUGCCACUAGGA